AUGUUGCAGUCCAGCCUGCUUCAUCAGGUUGCUGCAAAUGCACGGACUAGUCUGGUGCAAUACCGAACUGAUUUGCAAGUUUCAGAGGUACAAGUGGGGUGUAGCGGCAGGGGGGGAAAUAGAUGGACGGCACCGCCAAACGGUUUUGUUAAAAUUAACUUUGAUGGAGCAAAUGCCGAAUCCUCAAGGCUGUCUAGUGUGGGAGUGGUGAUUCGAGACUCGGAGGGUGCUGUUUUGGCAUCUUGCGCAGAGAAACUAAAUCAACCGUUCAAGGCAGAAGACAUGGAAGCUUUGGCUGCAUUAAAGGCUCUGUCCUUCGCACACGAGUUGGGCUUCCAAAAUAUUGUCCAUGAAGGUGAUGCGUUGAACUUAAUUCAAGCGUUGAAGGCACAAGAACAGAACUUACUGCCGUGGGGUCUGCUGGUUGAAGAUGUGAAAGAGUAUGGAAAAAAAUUUAGAAGAGUAUUGUAUUCUCAUGUUAAGAGAAAUGGCAAUAGUGUAGCUCAUAAUCUGGCCAAAUAUGCUUUACGCAUACCAGAUUUUCAAGUUUGGAUGGAGGAUGUUCCAUCCCAUAUUGUUUAG